AUGAGUGACACAGCACUUGUGGUACUUCGCUCUGGAAAGGACAUCAGCACAGCUUGGCUUGAGGGACUAUUGAAACAAAGGCUAAAAUCUGACAUUGAAGUCAUAUCAUGGACCUCAAAGCCCCCUAGUACAAAGAAUUAUUUCAUGAGCGAGAUGUGUUUCGUGCAAGUGACUUUCAAAGGGCCAGAUCAUCCAACUGAAGAGAGGUCUUUAGUCUUCAAAUUUGCUCCAACAGCAAAGGAUGCAAUUGAAUUCAUGAAGAAUGGGAACCUUGCAAGGAAGGAAAUCGAGUUUUACAAAUUUGUCUUAACAGAUGACUUUCGACUUUUCUGCGAGAAGAGCGGCUUGAAGAAUCCAGUUCCAGAUGUGUACUGGGCGGACACUGAGGAAGACCUCGUCACCCUUGUCAUGCACGACCUGAGAACAGAAGGGUUCAGAGUGGAUACCCCGCCAGAGGGGAACUCACUCGAACAAGUUAAAGUGAUACUGAAUGCUAUUGCAAUUAUUCAUGCCUGUGGAGUUGCUACCAUCAAGAAGCAUGGAAGGGAGUACCUAGAUGUUCCCUCUGGAGAUUUUCUCGACGACGCUGUAAAAAUAGGCCUUGACAGAGAAGUAGAAAUGUUUAAAGGGACUCGCACAGCAGAAACUUUGAGGGCAUUGUACUCAUUAAGAGAUGAAAUGAUUAAGACAAGAUCUCCACUGUUUGAGACGUUGAUCCACGGGGAUUUAUGGACAGGCAACGUCAUGUUUUCUGCCGACAAUACGAGCGCCAUCAUAAUUGACUGGCAGUUUGCUUCAGUUGACAACCCAGUGUGUGACAUUAUUUCCUUGUUGCUGAUGAGCAGCCAUCCUGUCGUGUAUGAGCAACACCUGAAUGACGUUCUACAGAGCUACUGGAAGAGUCUGACUGAAGCUUUGGAAAAGAAUGGGGCUUCAGUUGAUUGCACUUUCCAAGAUCUUUCAAACUGUGUUGAGAAAAUGUGGAUGUAUGGCUUCAUGUUUUUUACGGCAAGUUUGCCGGAUUUACUGGAUAACAAUAUAACUGCUUUGCACAGAGGCCAAAAUGCCGUAAAGUUUUUAGAGCAGAAGAAGGUAUUGUCAAAGUUUCUCCGGGAUCAUGGAAAAGAAAUGGCUUAGUUUCGGAGGUUUAUUCAGAAAAAAAGUAUGUGUUCAUGCAUACUUUAGGCAAACCGCCAUAAUUGUAGGUGAUUGUAUGCUUGUCAUUGACCUUCCCAGUAUAAUAAUAUAGCGAUAAGGAAAUGAAUAGAAUAGAGGAAUAGGGAAAUAGGGAUUCGAGUGUAGUACUCAAAGUCAAUUCCGAAAGGAAAGUCAUCAAAUGGCACGAAGUUGUUCAUCACCGGCAGUGUCAGGAAAAGGAAUCCAGAUCUUGUGUACUGUUAUCACAUUUCUUUGAAAGAAUUUUCCUAAACUGAAGUUCCUUUUCCGAGCAUGCUGGGGUCUCAGGAUUAUGAAGCAUGUCCAGAAGUAGUCAACCAAGUCAUAACAUUCAUUUUAUUUCAGAUUCAUGCUUUUACUCAUGCUUUUGCAUAUGUCAUUCUCGGUAUUCAUAAAUAAAUGAAAAGUAAAAAUAUAUUGUUUUACAUUGUA